AAUAACUAAUAUUUUAUACAUUAAUUAUUUUAUCGACUAAUCAUCGCCGGAAAUGUACCGAUCAGCGGCGAGACGGCUGCUCCCAACGCUUCUCCGCCGUGGAGGUCAUUCCGCUUCUCGACCUUUUCCUGUCGGAGUACUUAGUACGUCGCCAUUUUCCACUGAGGCUACCUCCGGAAAUCUCCCCAACCGAAACCCUAAUCAUUUCAGCUCAUACACAUCGCCCUCGCCGCCGUCCACGGCGAGUACCAGCGACGAAAAGACGCGGUCUGAUGAGUUCCAGAGCCAUAGAGCCAAGGCUCGGCCUAAAGCUCACUGGCAGGAGGAACAGGCGCGUGUGCUCCAUGCCUCUCUCCGCCACGUGGAAUUGUGCCCAUACGAGCUAAUGGAUUUCUUAAUCUGCAUGGUUAUGAUUAGAUUAGGGUGGAGUGAUGCCGCUAUGAUUGCUGGAGCUAGGGAGGUUGGCGUGUCUCCUUCGAUUGUCGGAUCUUUUCCCCGAAAGGAAGCUGCAUUAGUUGAGUUUUUCAUGGAUGAUUGCCUGCAAAGGCUGAUUGACGUGAUCGACAUGAAAGAGGAUUUGCAGAGCUUGAUCCCUAGCCAGCGUGUAGCGAAACUUGUUAGAAUUCGCUUGGAGAUGCAAGCUCCCUACAUUUUCAAGUGGCCUCAAGCACUAAGCAUACAGGUGCAACCCUGGAAUAUACCGACUAGCUUAAGACAACGAACAAUGCUUGUCGAUGAGAUUUGGCAUGCAGCUGGUUACGAGGCCACUAAUAGUGAUUGGCAUGCCAAGCGUGCAGUCCUUGCUGGGAUUUACUCUGUAGUUGAACUCUACAUGCUCACUGAUACCUCCCCAGAUUUUCAAAACACAUGGGCUUUUAUGGACAGACGGAUUAAAGAUGCCUUUGAUUUUAGAAAGUCUGUUCAAGAGGCAAAAUACUUGGCAGAAGCAGUGGAAGCCGGGAUUGGAAGUUCUCUGCAAGGAUUUGCCAGGAGAAUUAUACAUGGUUGACUAUUUCGAAUGGAUGAUGAAUAAAUAUUGCACAAAAUGUAUAUGUUUCCUCCUUUCAUUUCGAUUCAAUGAUAAAUAAAGGAUAAUAUAAAACCAAUAUGUGCAUCGUCUUAGUGUUUCGCCCUUUAGUUGAGCAGUUGGGGUCAUUUUACAUAACAUGGUCAUGCCGAUACAGCGAAAUGUUUUCGAACUUUCUGUAAGAAAUCGGUAUUUUCCAAAACUUUCUUAGAGCAAGGCUGUUGAUUGAUUCUCUUCUUUAUUUCUUUUUCGUUUUUAUUUUCUCCUUUUCUGGUUGCAUUUAUUUAUGGAAUUGGAAGUUGAGGUGUGUGGUUGAACAAGUAAUUUGCAUGUUUUGAUGGAUACCAGAAAAUACAAUGUUUUAUUAGAAUUAUCAAUUAAAAUGUGUGAUUUAUAUGAUGAAAUGUUAUGGUU